AUGGCAUCCGCGGACCCCCGGGUGCAGCUGGAGCCUCGCGCACACCACGAGCAGCGGAGGAUCUGCGCCUCGCGAGCCAAGUACCGCGAGGGACGGAAGCCCAGAGCAGUAAAAGUCUACACAAUUAAUCUAGAGUCUCGUUACCUACUGGUGCAGGGAGUUCCAGCGAUCGGGGUUAUGAAGGAACUAAUUGAGCACUUUGCACUGUUUGGGGCAAUAGAGGAAUACAAUGCUCUUGAUGAAUACCCUGCAGAGGAGUUCACAGAAGUGUAUCUCAUUAAGUUCCAGAGGUUACAGAGUGCAAGAGUUGCCAAACGUAAACUAGACGAACGCACUUUCUUCGGGGGUCUCCUUCAUAUCUGUUAUGCUCCAGAAUUUGAAAGCGUUCAAGAGACCAGAGAAAAACUUCAGGAUCGGAGACGCUAUGUGGCGCGAGCCACAUCUGAGAAAGACUGGCCAUUGGCAAAGAAAGCGCCGCAAGAAGCAGUGGAGAAUUCCAGUUCUGUAUCCAGCUUUGUUUAUACCACCACCCCAGCACCAACUGUACAGCCCAUUGAUUCUGUGCCCUGCUUCAUGCCCCCACCCUUAAUAACCCCUGACUGGCAGGAAUACAGUUCUACGUCUUCGCCAUCCGCCUCUGACUCCAGAAACCAGUCACCAGAAGACGAUGCCUAUCGCGUAGCUUCAGCCAGCAACACAGGAAGAGCAAGUAACCCCGCACAGAACACUAUGGGGAGUAGCACAGCCAGGUUCUUGCCAAGGACGACCCAGCUUCAGGAGCGACAGAGGAGAAGGGAGCGGAGUACUGCACUUGCUCUGUCCCUUCCGGACUCCCAAGAGAUUGUAAUUGGACCAAAACUGCCAGAAAUUCCCAAAUUAGACCUGGACGAUGAUUCCUUAAACACCUCUGCAACUGUGAUACGGGGGAAGCUGAAACAGGUUUCAGACUCCUACACCAUAACGAAACCAGAAGCCUCAGCCUGUGACACACAAUCUGCUCCACCUGUAAAGCAGAGAAGAAGAAUUUGACUCUCAAAAUGGAAAUUGCAUCUACCAACAUUAGACAUGUUUUUGAAGUUAUUUAUUUAUUUGUAAAUAUAGGGUGCGGAUUUAUAGCAAAAUACAUUUAUUGAACUCUGAAGUAA